AUGGAAAUAGACUCUUCCUCUAAUUCAGAGGGCGAGGAGAUGGCACAGAGAGGGGAACCUGACAUCUGCUCGAUGUUCCAAGAAGGGAGAUCCAGCGAGGGUCCCCUUGUCAAGAGGCUUCGGCUUACUUCAAAGAAAAUGUCUCCCCCGGCUGAGCCUGCCUCCCAAUCCCCGGCUAAGGAGAAAGGCUCGGGCUCAGCAGCUCCUCCCGCCGCAGCCCCGGAGAAAAGAUGUCCGAUUGCGCUCCUUCCUUGCUUUCCUCCACCUCCUGCUCGGGAACCGGUAGCACCGAUAGGUCCCCAAGCUCCAGUGGUCCCUGUCGCCACUAUUCGCAUCCCCGUCAACCCCCAGGAUCUGGAGCUGAUUCCAGAUACCUUUCGGGGGACCAUCUACAAGACGGCGAACUACUCGAUGGAGCAUUUUUACAAGGCCAAGCCCAAUGACCUGAGGGCGAUUGAGGAGAAGAUCCCGGAGAAUGUCAUGGAGUCUGCCUUGGGGAUUAACCUCACAGCGGUCUUGGCUCAACACCACAGAAUAUCUCGGGCCAGGGCUAGGAAUGAAGAACUCAAGGCCGAGCUGACUGCGGCCCAAGCUGCUAUCGCCGCCUCUCAACAGAGCAAACAGAGCGCCAAGGCUGCUUUGGCAGUGGCCCAUGCAAGUGAACAGACAGCGAAGGCUGCCUUAACCACUACCCGAGAAGGCAAGCACGCGGCAAAGGCGGCCUUGGUGGCCCUUCAGGCCAAGCUCGAGGGGGCCAAGGCAAAACUGCUGGAGGUCGAGGCAGCCAUUCUAGAGGAGAAGAAGGCAUCGACGUCCUCCAUGGAGAAAACUUAG